AUGGGCCAACAACAGUCAAAGAGCAGUGAUGGAAGUAGAACUCCUCUGAAGAGCGGCUCUUCCUCCAAUUUAGCUACUGAUACGCUGCAAUCAUAUCCCUCCAUCUCCAAAUCGGAUACCAAGGAAAGUACUUCCAGGUCUAUACGAUCUUCGAUCAGGAGCAAGAUCAAAAACUCGAUAGACGAGAAGAAUAAUGACAGUCCACGAGGAUCAGGCUCGGCUUUGGACGGCGGGGACGCCAGUUCGAUUGCUAGCGGUCGCUCAGGCUCAUCCAAGCCAACAAGAGAGAAGAUCACAAAUGCGCCUUUAGUCGAAUCCCCCGUCUCACCCACGGAUGCGGAUGACGAGGUUCCAUCGCCGGGUACAAGCACGCCAGCACGCCCACCUUCGCCGACCACCUCCAAGUCCGUUGGGAAAGGACACAAGUCAGUAGACCGUGCUCAGCGGACAGGAGAAGUAGGCGCUGUUUCCGAUGAGGCGCCACAUCAGGCGCAUCAUCACUCAUCCGCGCAGAAAGCUGGAGAUUCAAUCUUGGUAAAGCGCGAAAACCAGAUCAAUCCUCGGGCUCCAGAGACCAAGGCUUCUUUACGAGCCAAACUAGCAGAAUUGCCUGGUGCAUCACCCGGAGGAGGCAUGGGAAUCGGAGACGUCAAUGAUAUGGACCUUGACGACAUGAUUUCUCGGCUACUGGAUGCUGGUUACAGUACCAAGGUGACGAAAGCCGUAUGUCUUAAGAAUGCUGAGAUCACCGCCAUCUGUACAGCUGUCCGCGAAGUGCUUCUGUCUCAGCCCGCCUUACUGGAAUUGAAUGCUCCUGUGAAAAUUGUGGGCGACAUCCAUGGCCAAUACAAUGAUCUUAUCCGUCUUUUCGAGAUGUGCGGGUUCCCUCCUAACGCAAACUUCCUCUUCCUCGGAGACUACGUUGAUCGUGGAAAACAGUCUCUGGAAACGAUUCUACUUCUAUUCUGCUAUAAAUUGAAGUAUCCAGAGAAUUUCUUCAUUCUGCGAGGCAAUCAUGAAUGCGCCAAUGUGACGCGUGUCUACGGCUUCUACGACGAAUGCAAACGAAGGUGCAACAUCAAAAUCUGGAAAACAUUUAUCGAUACUUUCAACUGCUUACCUAUUGCUGCAAUUGUUGCAGACAAGAUCUUCUGCGUCCAUGGAGGACUAUCUCCCAGUUUAUCCCACAUGGACGAUAUCCGUCAAAUUGCCAGACCAACCGAUGUUCCCGACUAUGGCUUGCUCAACGAUCUCUUGUGGAGCGAUCCGGCAGAUAUGGAUCAAGACUGGGACUCGAAUGAACGAGGGGUUAGUUACUGCUUUGGGAAGAAAGUGAUAGUGGACUUUCUUCAGAGGCAUGAUUUCGACCUGGUCUGCCGCGCACACAUGGUGGUUGAGGAUGGCUAUGAGUUUUUCAACGACAGACUCCUGGUCACUGUUUUUUCCGCGCCGAACUAUUGUGGCGAGUUCGACAACUGGGGCGCUGUUAUGUCGGUUUCCAGCAAUCUCCUAUGCAGCUUUGAACUCUUGAAGCCAUUGGAUUCGAGUGCUCUGAAGAGCCACAUCAAACGAGGGAGGAAUGCUCGGCAGAAUAUGCUCAACAGCCCGCCUGCACAAGUCUCAGCUCAAAGUUUCUAA